AUGAAACCAUUUUCCAGGCUUUACUUGCCAUUGGCUGGAAUUAGGGUCCUUGAUAUGACGAGGGUUCUCGCAGGGAUCCUUGGUGACCUUGGAGCAGAAAUUAUAAAGAUAGAACAUCCAACAAGAGGUGAUGAUACGAGGUCCUGGGGGCCCCCAGAUGCACCAUAUAUCGACGGUGUCGAACGAACAUUUCCAGGAGAGAGCGCUUACUAUUUGUCCGUAAACCGCAACAAGAAAUCUCUAGGUCUAUCGUUUAACAACCCAACGGGAAUAUCAAUUCUACACGAACUUGCCCGGAAAUGUGAUGUAAUUGUUGAGAAUUAUCUACCCGGUAGCCUUUCCAAAUAUAAAUUAGACUACGAGACCCUCAGUCAGAUAAAUCCAUCCUUGAUCUACGCAUCUGUCACUGGCUAUGGGCAGACUGGUCCGUAUCGCGACCGCGCUGGAUACGAUGUCAUGGUGGAGGCAGAGAUGGGCCUAAUGCAUAUCACUGGAGAAAGAGACGGACCGCCUGUAAAGGUUGGAGUUGCUGUUACCGAUCUUACGACAGGGAUGUAUACGGCAAUUGGAGUGCUUGCCGCACUGUACGCGAGAAGAGAUACUGGACUCGGACAGUGGAUCGAUGCGAGUCUGAGUGAUUGCCAGGUUGCGAGUCUCGCAAAUAUUGCGAGUUCCGGACUUGUCAGCGGCAAGAAGGAUUCUGGGCGGUGGGGGACUGCUCACGCUACUGUGGUCCCGUACCGAGCGUAUAAGACAGGGGACACCAAUGUUGCUGUCGGUGGCUGCAAUGACAGGCUCUACGGUAUCUUGUGCGAUAAGAUUGGGAAGCCGGAGUGGAAGAAAGACCCACGGUUUAUCACAAACGCGCUCCGAGUCAAGAACCGAGACACGCUGGACCGAAUCAUUGAGGACGAGCUGAAGACAAAGACCACGAAAGAGUGGCUCGAUAUCUUUGAAGGCAGCGGGAUGCCAUAUGCAUCAGUGAAUGAUAUUCAAGGAACGCUAAAUCACGAGCAUGUGCUGGCCCGUAACAUGAUCGAACAAGUCAGCCAUCCUGCCUGUGGCCCCUUGAAACUCGUCAACCAUCCCGUCAAAUACUCUCGUAUUGAACCCAAGAUCCGAAGCCCCCCUCCAAUGCUGGGCGAACACACCGACGAAGUCCUGCGAGAGCUUCUCGGCUUCUCCGACACCGAAAUACAAGAUCUGAAGGAUCAGAAGACCGUUGCUUAG